UAUGCAAAUGUCAUACUGUACAGUUCUUGUAAUUUACAAAAUAUGAUUUGUAUUUAUUAUAAAUUAAUGGUACAUAAUCCAUGGGGACCUCGCUAUAAAUGUGUAGAGUUCGAUAAACAAUAUUAGGAAAUGUAUAUUGCUCUCAAAUGGCUUAUUGGCUUGUGUUCGGCCAUGUGGAUCAUUAUGUGUUGUAUUGACAUAUACUUGAUUAAGACUAAGGAAAUUCAAGGGCCAGAUGCGAACCCUAAAACAUUUGGAGUUGUCUUUAAAAAUACCUCUAUUCCGGUAGAACCACUAACACGUAUUCAUGUAGAAAAUUUGAAGAUUUCUAAUGGCUAUCGGCAUCAAAGCAUGGCCGUAUUACAUUACAUAAUGUUCUUAGCUGGUGCUUUUGCUGUUUGUUUAUAUAACAAGAAGAAUGAAAUCAUUUCAUACACGAAAUAUUUCGUCUACAAAAUAAAUGUGUAUGCCCUACUAAAACGUUUAAAAAAGGCCGCCAUUAACAGCAGGGUUGCUACUUCAAAAUUUAUACUUAGUGUAGGGGUAAAUAUUAAAGAAGUCGUAAUAAAGUUAAUUAGAGAUGUACUGCUAUUAAAUAUUAAAAGACGUGAAUACCAGCAAAAUAUACAUAAUUUGUUACUACAAAAAUUAAAAGAAGUAGGAGAAGAACGAAAGAAUUUAGGACAAUUAUUAAUAGCCGCGAUUCAUGAAAAUAAGACCAUAAGAGUACAAUACCAGCUGGAGUCAAUGGCCAAAAAUAGACUUUUGCGACAUAUGGAUGACACACAGAAAAAAAUUAAGGAGAAUAGAUCUAGAUAUGUUAGUUUCCAACAUUUAUAUUUAGUUACACAUCAGGAGAAUAUUUUUUUAAAAGCCCGUUUAAGGAAGCUAACAUUGGCAAAGGAAGAAGCAGAGAAAAACCUUUUAGGAUUGAUAAAUGAAGUUUAUAAAACAAAAAAUACUAAACUUAGAAAAUAUUGUAGUCGUUUUAUUGACCGAACCAACGACAACUUACUGAAUUCAGAUGUGAAUGCAGAAAUACAAAAAUUUUUAGAUAAUCCUAAAAGAUGUAUUGCUGCAAAUAACUCAUAUUGUCAAUUGUUGACACAAUCUAAAUUUUCAAUAAAUUCUACGAACAGUUUUCCUACAGGCACUAGUCCCCACUUUACCGAAAACACAAUACUACAGAAAGACAAUAACUUGGAUCACUUAGCCUCAGAUGCACCAAGACUGAAAGGUCUCCCUGGAGAAUAUGUUUGGACUGUUAAAGAUAAAGAUGGUAUAAUAGAAAAAUUAUACGAAUACGAUUACGAGUCGGACUUUGAUACUGGUGAUACAAUUCGAAGAAUUAGACAAUAUUCAGUCUAUUUUGACAAAGAUUGCCUAUUGGAUUUUACAAAUUCCAGAACAAUUAUUCGAGAAACGGCAGGUCCCGGACUACAAAGUGCACAUUCGACUAUGAAUUACCCAAAGGCAAAUGAAAGAUUUUUAACUGGUUCUGAAAUUUUUAAAACAUUUUUACGAGAUAAUAAUAAUAUUAUUCCAACGUGAACAUUAACGAAAUUUCCAUAGUUUUGUGAAU